AUGGCUCCAGGUACACCAACGAAGGAAUCCCCCGUCGAAAAGACGGAGACUCAACAAACCACCGCCGAUAAUGCAUCAAAAGCACAAGACCGCAUGGCUCGUUUCAAGGCACUUCAGGCUCGAGCAAAAACGUCAUCAGAGAAAAACCUACAAGAGGCGACCCUUGAAUCGCAAAGAUUAGCCACAGAUCCCAGCCAACUCACCGCCAUACAUCGCAAGCACGCGAUCGCGUCUCACAAACUCCUCAAGGCGGAUGUCGAAGAAGCCGGCGGCGAUUUCGAGCGAAAGCGCGCGUGGGAUUGGACCGUCGACGAAAGUGAGAAAUGGGACAAGCGACUCAAGAAGAAGUCGGCUCGUCGCGACAACAACGCCUUCGCCGACCAUACACAAGAAGCGAAUAAGAUAUACAAGCGACAGCUCAAGAACAUUGAUAUGAACAUGGAUCAAUACGAGAAGGAUAAGCAGGCCAUGAUCGAAAAGGCAGCAGCAUCCGGCGGAUUGGAUAUUGUUGAGACUGAGGAUGGCGAGCUUAUCGCGGUGGACAAGGACGGUUCUUUCUACUCAACUGCCGAUUCCACGACAUUCGCCCAGAACAAGCCAGACAAGGCAGCUGUCGACCGCUUGGUGGCGGACCUUCAGAGAGCAGAGGAACAACGACUAAAGAAGAGAAAGGAAAGAAUGGCACAGAACGGAGACGAUGGCGACGUCACAUACAUCAACGAGAAGAACAAGCAGUUCAACCAAAAGCUGUCCAGGUUCUACAACAAAUACACCGCGGAGAUCAGGGACAGCUUCGAACGAGGAACAAUGAUUUGA